AUGUCAAUAGUGCUAGAGGUGCACCAGCUUGAUCAGCUGAGGGAGAUAUUCUCGCGAUUCGACAUGGAUUCGGAUGGCAGCCUCACCCUCCUGGAGCUCGCCGCCCUGUUGCGGUCCCUCGGGAUCAAGCCCACCGGCGACCAAAUCUACGUCCUCCUCAAAAACAUGGAUGCCAAUGGCAACGGCACAGUAGAGUUCGACGAGCUGGUCAACGCCAUCACGCCGGAGUUCAGGGAGGAGACCCUCAUUAACCAGGAGAAGCUCUUGGACGCGUUCCGCCUGUUUGACAACGACGGCAACGGCAACAUCACGCUGGCGGAGCUAGCCGGAGCCAUGGCCAAGAUGGGGCAGCCCUUGACAUAUAAAGAGCUGGUCGAGAUGAUCCAAGAGGCCGACACGGACGGCGACGGCGUCAUUAGCUUCGAAGAAUUUGCCUCUGUCAUGGCCAAGCAGACCCAGAAAAUUCAAGUGCUUUUGGCAAUCUAUGUAAGGAUUCAAUUUGAUCGUUAA